UAGCCUAUUUGCGAUUACAUGAUCAAAUCCAAAAAGUGUUCCUCGAUUAUCAUCAGCAUCAUCAUCAAUAAUACGCAUAUAUGGACAGCAAGGAAGGAAAGCGGAAGGCACGUGUGGAAGCGCAACGGAGACGUUAGCUGUUGGCGAUCGGAUUUCUGCCUGUCCCAUUCUGCUACCUGCGCGCAAUAUAUCCAAACCUCCAUUAUUCUCGAUCCUCUUCUCGUUUAAAGCUAUUGAGUUAAUCCGUUCACGACUCACCGCAGCCACGCCCACACAACUAAUCAAUCGAUUAUAUUUUCGGACCUACCGACAUUCGUUAGAUUGUCCGCUAGAUCAUGGACGUCGAUCCUCGUCACUACGAAAAUAUUGCCAUCAAUGACAAUGACAUCCACAACAUUGUCCUGUCUUAUCUUGUCCAUAAUUGCUAUAAAGAAACUGUGGAUUCAUUCAUUUCCUGUACUGGGAUGAAGCUGCCUGCUGAUUGUCUUGAGGACAUGGAGACAAGGAAACGUAUUCUUCACUUUGCAUUAGAGGGAAAUGCACUCAAGGCUGUUGAAUUGACAGAAGAACUGGCAGACGACUUACUGGAGAAAAAUAAGGACUUGCAUUUUGAUCUUCUCAGCCUACAUUUUGUUGAGCUUGUCUGUUCUAGGAAGUGCACAGAAGCUUUGGAAUUUGCACAAACCAAGUUGACCCCUUUUGGGGAGGUUCAAAAAUAUGUUGAAAAGCUGGAAGAUUUUUUGGCUCUGCUUGCUUAUGAAGAACCAGAGAAAUCCCCAAUGUUUCAUUUGCUUAGUUUGGAAUAUCGGCAGCAUGUUGCAGAUAGUUUGAACCAGGCAAUUCUUGCACAAGCAAACCGUCAAAGCUAUGCAGCAAUGGAGAGACUCAUACAACAGACAACAGCAGUCAGACAGUGUUUAAGUCAAGAGCUUGGCAAGGAUGGGUUUCCUCCUUUCUCUCUGAAGGACUUUCUCAAAAGCUGAAUGGUUGAAGUACAUGAGCUUUGCUGGCUAGGUACGAUGAAGGUUCUUGUCCUGUUGCAGAUUUGCUUUUGUUGUAAAAUAUGGUCAUGGAUAGACAGUAUCAUUUGUGCCUAAUUGGAAAAUUGUGGGGCUGGCUAUCUCAUGUCCUUGUUUGUUGCUGCGGCCUGUGGAGGUAUGCUUCUUCUCAUGAUUGGCCAGAAGGAAAGUAGAGUUUGUUUAACUCUGCAGCAGAUUGGUUGUUUUAGUGCUUUGGUCGAUCAAAGGUGUGGCUUGUAUAUUUUCGCUUGGUUUCCUCGUUAGGAAUUCAGAUUAAUUUGUAAUUUAAUGUCAGUUCUUGCUUUGACAGAACCCACGUUCAAAGUUAAAGAUUAUGUAUCUGACUUCAGUUCCACUAAAAUAAUAAAGAAAAUUGUCUGUAACA